GGUGACUCGGCGACCAUAAUGCAGCUUGUUAUGUUUUUUUACUACAACUUUCAAGCUCGGGCCUCGAGUCCGCUCCGUGCCUCCUUGUAGUGGGAGAGCAAAACCUGUAGAUACUGUUCGCUCACUUGGCGGCAGAGUACCUGCUCUGACCGUUGUCCCUCUCUCGCGCACGGCGAACCCCGCCGCCCCGGCUUCUCCGUCUCACCCACCACACUGGUAUGCAAAGAUUGAUAGCUUAUAUGACUAUUUGGUUUUGAAAGCGCCCAGAAAUCACGCGCGGUUCAAACUUUUCGCCGCGGCGUCCUUAGUGCCGGCAGACGUGGGUCUCGCGAUUAAGUUGUCCCAACGGUCACCGGAGUUUAUGGGAAAUUUUGUGGUUCAUAAACGCACUUACUCUGCGGUUAUAUCGAUUGGAUGCAAGGUGGUGUAACUAGUUUAUUCGAAAUAAGCCAGUGAAGCCUUACUUGAAAGGGUCAUGCGUGUGCAGUGUAUUUGCUCAAUACUUCAGUGUGUGUAGAUAGUGUUUUGUUUUCCCCAGUCUUCAGUCACCUGUGAUAAAAGUGAUAUUAUUGUAAAUAUCGUCUGCGUUAGCAAGGAUUUGUGAUAGUGAAGGUGUUGACUGAGAUGUGCUGUGUGUUUCUGACUCAAUGGUGAUCCUGGAUGAUGAGUUUGCAGAAAUGGACCCGACUGCUUCAGACUACGGCCUGGUGUCCAACAAUCUGAACCAUGCCCGGACCGACUCUCAGACAGCAGAACGCAGCCCCGGCUGGGAGACGCAUCGGGUGCGGCUGAACCGGGUGCCGGGCUACGGCUUCGGGAUCGCCGUGUCGGGGGGCCGCGACAACCCACACUUCGCCAGCGGAGACCCCUCCAUAGCCGUCUCCGAUGUGCUGCGCGGCGGCCCAGCUGAGGAGAAACUUCAAGUAAACGACCGCAUUGUCUCUGUGAAUGGGGUGCCCCUGGAGAAUGUAGAGUACGCGCGGGCAGUGCAGGUGCUCCGGGACUCGGGGGCCACGGUCACGCUGGUGGUGAGGAGGCGAGCGCCGGCGCCGCCGCCCACCGCGCCUACGACUAUCAAACUAGCACUCACUAGGAACGGGAAGAAGGAAGAUUUCGGAAUAGUCUUAGGAUGUAAGCUGUACGUGAAAGAACUGACCCUGAGGGCGAGGGAGCAGCUGAACCAGGCUGGCCAAGGGCUGUGCGAGGGAGAUGUCGUUACCAAAAUAAACAAUACACCAGUCAGCGAUGCAAUGACGUUAAAGGAGGCCAAAAAACUCGUCGAAUCCUGCAAGGAUCGCUUAAACUUAGUAGUCACUAGAGAAUUGAUUCGGGAGGAAACUGUAACAAAUGGAAACUUUCAAAAUAAUUAUAAUAGCUUAGGUGCGGAUCCUAUUUCGCCGGCGUACUCGAGUAGCGGUCAGAAUUUGUAUGUGGCGGCACCGGUGCGGGGCGGCGCGGGGCCCGAGGGGCGGGGGAGGGGGCCCAUGGCGAUGGAAGCCGAGCAGCCUCCGCGCCCACCACCACCUAGGAAUGAAGCUGAUUACUACAGCAGCAGAAGACAACUUUAUGAAGAGGAAGGGCAGAUGACGAAUCCUAGAAGUAAACCACCAAGCGAGCCGCGCCUCAUCAGCUUCCAAAAAGAGGGCUCCGUGGGGCUGCGGCUGUGCGGCGGCAACCGCUCGGGCGUGUUCGUGUCGGGCGUGCAGCCCGCCAGCCCGGCCGCGCUGCAGGGGCUGCAGCCCGCAGACAAGAUACUCAAGGUGAACGAGAUGGAGAUGAAGGGCGUGACUCGUGAAGAGGCGGUGCUGUUUCUGCUGAGCCUGCAGGAGCGCAUCGACCUGAUCGUGCAGCACUCACCCGAGGAAUAUAAUGCGGUCGCUAGCGGACAGACGCCGGGCGACUCGUUCCACAUAAAGGCCCACUUCCACUGCGCGGAGGCGGAGGGCGGCGAGAUGUCGUUCCGCUCCGGAGACGUGUUCCACGUGGUGGACACGCUGCACAAUGGCACUGUGGGCGCCUGGCAGGUUUAUAGGAUCGGCCGCAACAACCAAGAGGUCCAAAAAGGCACGAUCCCGAACAAGGCGCGCGCGGAAGAGCUGGCCACGGCGCAGUUCAACGCGACCAAGAAGGAGCUAUCAGGCAGCGGUGACAGCAAACACAACUUCUUCAGGAGACGACGGUCUACGCAUAGAAGGACCAAGAGUUUGGGGAAGGAGCACUGGGACGAGGUGGUCCUGUCGGACAGCAUCAGCAAGUUCCCCGCCUACGAGCGAGUCUCCCUCCGGCAGCCGGGCUUCGUGCGCCCCGUGAUCGUGCUGGGCGCCGUGGCGGAUAUAGCCCGGGAGAGCCUGCUGCAGAGCGGCAACAACUUCGCCGAGCCACAAAAAGACAACACCCUAGAAGACAGCAAGAACAAGUCGACUUCAAUCAUCCGCCUGUCUUCAAUCCGGAGCAUCAUGGAGCGAGGGAAACACGCCCUUCUAGAUAUAACACCGAACGCCGUGGAUCGCCUGAACUACGCACAGUUCUACCCGAUAGUCAUAUUCUUGAAGGCCGAUAACAAGCAGAUUAUUAAGCAGCUGAGGGCUGGGUUGCCGAAAUCGGCCCACAAAUCCUCCAAGAAGCUUCUAGAACAGAGCCAGCACAUGGAGCGUGUGUGGGGGCAUGUCUUCACUCACACCAUCACGCUCAGCGAGGCCAACCAGGGCACCUGGUUCAACAAGCUCACCGAGCUGAUACAGAGGACGCAGCAGCAACAGCUGUGGGUUUCGGAGACUAAGCGUCCGGAGCCCUUGUCCGAUGACUUUUUGUUCUCGAUGUCUUCGAGUACCGAGAACAGGUUGUCCUACGCGUCCAGUCCUGAGAGUGACCUGGAUCUAAGUCCUCCGCCGGCGCCCAGACUUGUCAAGAGUUCUUCGGACCCGUCCAUAGCCACGACUCAAGACAAUAUGGACCGCGAUGACGAGUUGAAUCAUAUGGGGGACGCGGUGCCGCCGCCUUAUACGCAAAGCUACGGCGACAGCAAGUACGGGUUCGCGGCCACCAACGGCACGGGCCUGAAGCAGAACAGCCAGAGUGCUCAGAACAUCGGUCCAGAGGCGGCCUACCAGCGCAGCCCCAUGACCUCGCCGCCGCAGAGCCCGCUGUAUGGCACAGUUCCAGAGCUGCCGCCGCGCAGCGCGGGCGCGGUGACCCGGCCGGCCGGCGGCGUGCUGCUGCCCGCGCCGCCGCCCGCGCGCCCGCCGCACGCGCUCAGACAUAAUGCGCAGACGGCCCGCCCCAGCGCGCAAGAGCGUCUGUUUGGCGCCCCUAAGGAGGGCGGCGAGGAGCCCCCCGCCCCGCGCCCCGUCAGCAUGGCGGCGCCGCAGGGCUCUCUAGACCGGCACAAGAUGAUGAACAACUCUCACUCGUACGACGGCACGUCCUACAACUACCCGGAGCCGGGCGCGGCGCGGCUCGGGCCCAACGCGCCUGAUGAUCUCAAGGCUACUCCCGGUAAAUUCGAGCCGCCCCCGCCGCCGAACCCCAACGCGAUGUGCCGGCAGUCCCCCGCCGAGCACGCCGCGCACUCGCUCGAGUACACGCGCGUGCACGACCCGCAGUACAGAUCGUCAGACUACGUGCGUUCGAACCCGCGGCCCGCGACCAACGGCGCCAGCCCUCACGCACCCAACCAUCAACGCGGGCCCUCACUGCCCGCGCAGCACCCCACCGACCACGCCAAGUAUAGCACCCGCACAAACUCGGCGUCGCAAGCGGACUACGCGAGCCGCGCGGCGCCGCCGGCCGCCUACAAGCCGGUGCCACCGCCCAAGCCCAAGCACUAUCGCGCGCCCGACGCACCCCAUCAUCAUAGGAAUGGAUCAGUGGAGGCGUCAGCGCAGUCUCCAGGCCGCCAGCCCAGUAAUGGCAUGUACCCACCCUACGGGUACCAGCCGCCGCCGCACAACUACCAUCCACAACAGCAGCAACAACAGCCCAACAUGUACGGCGCCCCGCCGGGCGGUCCCCAGUCGCCGCCCUACUCCGGCCCGCCGCCGCACCACCGCGCCAUACACCUGCCGCACAACCCGCAUCUCAUCGAUUUGGCCGGCAGCAGAGAGCAGAGGGGAUCAGCCUUUGAGCUGUACAGAAAACCGCAGCAUAUGCAUAAUUUAAGUGCCGACGCCAUGAACUCGAGCGUGGAGCGCGACGAGACAUUCUCUCCCAAAACUAAAAAGAAACUAUCCAAAAAGCCGUCGUUCAUUAAAAACGCAGUACUCGACCUAUUCCGAUCGAAAUCUAAAUCGAAGGUCUCGCGGCAAAAGUCUCUAUGCGAAAGCGACUUGCAACAGAGACCAGUCAUCCAACACAUGCCGAUGCUCCGAAGGGAGAAGUCGGAUUUAGGGGACGUGCACAUGAGAAACACCCACAUUAGGAACCAGAUGUUGCACCGCAGCAACUCCUCCUGUGAGAAACCGGUCCUCAGACCCAUCCUCAAGCGGCAGAGCUCGUUCUGUGACGACAGAAGCGGAGCCAUCUGUACCGUCAGGGAUUACGACGCGAAACCCGUAAUGAAAGGUCUCCGACGACAAAACUCCAUGUGCGAAAUAGAAACUGAACCUAAAGUUACCCCCCUCCUCCGCAGACAGAACUCUAUGAUCGAAUAUAACAAGAAAGGCAUUUACGGUCAAACCAACUUUAAUAUGAUUACCAAAAUAGACCCGAUCUACCAAAGACAACAGCAAAUGAAGCACGAACCUUUUUACCCCACGCAACCUCUACCUCCCGAGCCUGUUUACCAAAGUAAAGACCAUAUCGUGUACGACCCCAUACCGAAGCCAAGAAGGACUUACACAUCGUCCCUCUAUGACACUUCAACUGAAAAUCCUUACGCAACUCAUUCCGAAGUAAACAACCAAAGCUUCGAAAAUCCAUACGGUCAGACUAUAGCGAUGCCUAUAAUGGACCCCCCAUAUGCUACCAGAGCAGAAUGUAUGAGGGAGAACCCUUAUGCAACAAGAGCAGAAUGUAUGAGAGAGAACCCUUAUGCAACAAGAGCAGAAUGUACGCGAGAGAGUCCUUAUGCUACCAGAGCGGAAUGUACGCGUGAGAAUCCAUAUGCUACUAGAGCAGAAUGUAUGAGAGAAAAUCCUUAUGCUACUAGAAGCGAAUUCUUAACUGAAAGCCCCUAUGCAACUAAGCAAGAAUUGUCAAAAAAUUCUGAGUACAGCGAAUCGCCAUAUUCUAGCAAGGAACAAAUGUUGCGACAGAGAAUGGUAACGGAAAGUCCUUACUCGACUAAAGAAGACAUGCUGAGGCAAAGAUUUUCAGAAUCGCCGUACAACACGAAAGAGGAAAUGUUGAAACAAAGAAUGGAAGGCUCAUUUUCAAAAGAACCUCUGUACGGGAAAAGGACUUACGAACCCCCGUCAAAUUCUUGGUCUGAAAACCAGUACGGUGUGUCGUCAGACCGACGGUUGCAGACACCAGUAAAUUUCCCGGGAAGAUCUUCCCCCAUGAGUAAAUGCAUGAGUGAGCCGCCAAACUCGUCUAGAUCAGAGAUGGCAGCUCGCACGCGGCAAACGGAAUCACCGUACGCCACAAGAUCCGAGGUUAAGUCUAGUUGUUCUGAUAGUCAUUGUUGCGACGGGCCUCAGUCCAUGGAAAAUGUAAGGCCAGCAUCAGCUGAGUGCACUUAUGUAUCGAAACAAGAGAUUCUGUCGCAGAAAGCAGCUCUUCUUGCUAGUAGAGAAUCAACUUACGGAGUGAGGCUAGAAGAAAAGUUAGAAAUAAUCAAACAAAGAAAUCAGGCUAAAAAGGAGAUGAUAUAUCAAACUAGAAAAGAGGCUAAUGAUAGUGACUCACAAAAAAUAAGAGAACCUCUCUAUGUGUCUAAGAGAGAGUUAAAGGAAAGCGUUAUUUAUGAGUCCACCCAAGAGGCUAAGGAGGCCACUCCUAGUACACAGGAUAAUAGUGCCAGAAGUAGCCCGUACGAGCUCAGUGACGCUAACCACUUAUCUAGAAGAGAUCCUAUAUACCAGCCCAAGUCUGAAGAUGAAGCUAAAUCUGAAAAUGAGACAUUCCAAGAAAUAGAUUUCUCCCAAUUGCGCUUGACAGAAUCCCAAACUGAUUCAGAAAAAGAAAAAUCGUUAAAGCUAGAAAGUAGCGUGUUGAAAGGUGAGCCAAUUUAUGCUCCAAGAUUGCAUGGUAAAGGGGACCAUAUUUCUAAUGCACUUAAGGCCACAACUUCACCGAUACCUUACGAAUCUACUACCUCAAUGGAGACGCACUAUGCGUCAGAGUGCAGCAUGAAUUUCGAGAACAAACCUCAAAGCACUCCUUACGCGUCGCAAGAACUUGAAAAUAAAGCGGUGAAACCAAACCGAUCCGUUAAGUUCUGCGAAGAUAUAGCCGAACGCAGUGAGGAUAACAGCCAAGACACCUCCGACAAUGUGUCAGCUAACCAAAACGACACCACAAUCGUCAACAAUCAAAACACCGUCAUAGAAGCAUCAGCUGUCACUGAGACUUCUGAAGCUGAGAGCAAACCGGUAGAGCCCGAUAGUCCUCACACGACGUGGGGAAUAUUCGACAGUGAAGGAGGGGUUUUGGAAGACAGGCAGUGGGGAGUUUCCUUGAUAAUUCCGCCCAAAGCGAUUGCCCCCGGCAUUAAGCAAAAGAUUUACUUUACUGUGUCUGACCCGAGGCUGAGCCAGCGAGUGGGCGGGCCCCCCAUCGAUAUGGACAACGGUGAAGCAAUGCUCUCUCCCUUAGUGAUGUGCGGGCCCCAAGGCCUGGUGUUCCUCAGACCGGUCACGCUCAGGCUGCCGCACUGCGCCAACGCAGUCCCAUCCCUAGGGCUCACUAUAAAGGCCACUGACACCGAGGCCCAUCUCAGCACCGACUGGGACCAGAUCCUGCUCCCCGCCACCACUACGCUCAACACUGUCGCUGUCAAAGUUGAUCACUUCUAAAUCACGCAACCCUACAAAUAUGAAAGUUAAAUUACAUUAUUGUAUUUUAAAAUUACAUCAUGAGUUUAUAAAAAAAAAAAAAAUUACAUGUGUAUUUCGUUUGAAAUUAAAUAUUGUAUUUCUACAAAGUGUACGUGUAGCUACAUGAAAUAAUUUCGUUUGUGACCCAUAAGUUGUGUUUAACGUACUUAUCUUAAAAAAAAUUGUCCCACUCGUGCCUUAUACAUUUGUGUCAUGUUAUUAGACAUAACUUAAAAUAUAUCUUGUUUUGGAUUCCAAAUUUUAUAAAAUGUCAUUGUAUGAGUGGUUUUUUAAAAUGGUUCAUUUAUACCUUUAAAAAUAUAUCCCACCUCAUAAGAAAUAUAUUAUCCUGUAAAACGUUUUAGGUAUUAGUUUUCAACUUUAUUGAAUAUCAAAAAUAAUUUCUAUGAGACUUGUUAAAUGGGAUUUUUUGUGUAUAAAACAACUAGAAAGAUUAUUUUAAUAAAUGACUUGAAUUCGAAUGUAAUACCUACAUAUUUAAAUUAUGUACUUAUAGAUAAAUAUUAUAAUCAAUAACAUGAAAAUUCGUGAUUAUAUUAUACAUAUUUAGGUACUCCCUAUUAUACUUAAUUAAAAGAAUCGUCGCCUUUUACCAUAAUAUAAUUUUUAGUCUAAACAUAAUUUUAAGUUUUAUUGUUAUGAUGAUAUAAAUACAAUCAUAAAUACAUACAUCAUAAGGUUGAUAUUAUUAACACAUAAGUUUAACUCUGACCUUGGAUUCUAUCCUUAGAUUUAAUUUUUUAUAUUCAAUAUAAUUUUUACACCUUCAAGUUUUAAAAAUGUAAUUGACUAUAUGCAUUUACAGGUAUUUAUGUAAUUUAUGUAAGUAUCCUAUGAAUGGCCUAUUUCAAGCAGUGGCCGAUUGAUUAAAGGCUAAUGAGGACGAAAAUGAAGAAUCAUUUUAAUUAAAUUCUUACGGUCUUACCACAAAAAAGACAGAAGUUAAACAAAAUAAUAUGUUUAGCAACAUAUGGUAUUUUACACGUGCAUAAACGUGUAAACUACCAUCUUAAACACCGGUUAUCCGGUUAAUCCAGCUUUUUGUGUAAUACCUAGUACAUAGUUUAUAACACAAACACCUUCUCAUUAGAUUGGUUUAAUAUUAUAGCCGUAAGUAUAUAAGGUAUGUAUAUACCUAUAGUUGUUAUUCUUCCAACCACACCAUGCCUUAUCAUCACUACUAUAAAGAAUAUAAGCUUAUGUAUGUUAAGAAUUGUAUCUAGUUUAUAGUCAUUUUACCUUUGACUGGGCAAUAAAUCUUUUUAAUGAAAAAAA